GCUCCUCCCCUGGAGAUGCUCCCCUUCUCCAUCCCUACUCCCACCUCCUUCUUCUCCAGGAAAUGUGGGACCAAUGGGCAGGGAGGGGGCGGGAAGAUCUUCCAACUCUCCAUCCGCGAUACAGAACCCGGGAGGAUGCCCUACUUAGCAACGGUGGCGUCACGAGCGCGCCUGGGCCAAUGGGAGAGUCUCCCCCGCCAGUCCCGCUCCUCCUCUCGUGACGUCACACGCCUGCGCCCGGAAUUCGAGCGCCCGAGCGGGAGCGACGCCGCCAUGGACCCCGUGAGCUUGGCGCAGGAUGUGGGGCGCUGGGCGGCUCGAGAGAUGGGCUGUCCGGCAGCCCUGCUGCCCCCCGAGCCUGCACUGCGCAGAAUGUGUAUGGGCCCCAUGGCUGAUGUCUGGACCUUUCUGAUACAGAAAAUCCAUAGCCAGAGGACCGUGAAGAAGAUUCGUGGGAACCUCUUGUGGUACAACUACCAGGAAAGCCCAGAGGCUGGCCGGAGGCGAGAGCUGGAGGCAGCUCUGAUGAGAGUACAAGCCGAGAUCAGAGAAAUGGACCUGAGCCUGGAGCUGGCUGAGCGAGAGGCUGUGGCCCAGGAUGUGGCCCUGGAACUCACUCUGAAGCAGAUCCGGGACACCCAGGGCAAGGCUUUGCUCCUCCAGGCACGAGCCGCGGCUGCCCGGCGGCAGCAGCGAGGCCUCCGGGACCGCACCCAGAGGCUGCAAGGCCAGCUCAGCCACCUGCAGGACAUGGCAAGGAAGGCAAAAGCACAUGUGGCCUUUCAGCCUCGAACCCCCAUGCUCCUGGCCCUGGAGCCAAAUGUCCUGCAAGAGGUCAUGAGGGUCUGUACCCUGCGUACCCAGUUCUUCCAGGCCCUGCUGACUCCUCAUUCUGAUCCAAGAACUUUGACCACCCAGGAUGACUUGUUUGCCACAACCCACAGGCAGUGGUUCAGUGAAAUGGAGGUCCUGAUGGCUUCCCAUCCUCCCGAGCACAUCCUGGGGGCACUGGAGCACCUGGCCUCCAGGCAGACCACCGAGCUGCAGCUGCUGACUGAUGAAUGGGAUGGAGAGGCUCGGAGGCUACAGCUGGCAGAAGCGUCAGAGGCCUCUGUCCUGCCUUCCCUGACCCACCUCAUUCAGGAGGGCUGGCAGGCUGUGGGGCUGCUGAUUUCACAGCGGGGCCCUCUGCUACGGCAAGGUCAGGCCCUGGCCGCGAGACUCCAGGACCUGACGCAGGAAGUGACGCAGCGGGCACCGAGCCUGAGCCACGCCUUGACCCUGGGGCUGCAGGCGGCUGCCCUGCGCGCCACCCGAGACUCUCUGAAAGCUCAGAGCCAGAGCCUGAAGGAGGAGGCCGAGCGGAGGCAGCAGGAGCUCUGGGAGCUCCAGGCCAAACGGCAGCGUAUCCUGAGCUGGCGGCAGCAAGUGGAGCAAACCCAGGAGCGCAUCCGGGUGCUGAUCAAGGGGAAUUCUGUCAGCAAGAGUCACCUUCAGAAGAGCCCAGGAGAGAUCCAGGCUCUGGCCCAGAGAAAAGUGGUUCCAGCUGCAGAAGCUGUAAGGCUGCAGGCCCAGAAUCUGCUGAGCAGACAAGAGGAAGAAACCCAAUGGCUCCUGGGCCUAGAACUCAACCCCCUUCUUCGGCACCAUCCUGGGGGGGCUCAGUCCCUUCCAGCCGUCUUCCCAUCUGUCUACUCUCUGCAUCCGGCAUGUCCCAGAUCCCAGAGCCUCAUCCAUCUGAGUCAGGACCUGGGGCUGCCCUCAGGCAAGGCCCCAGAAUUCCUCUUGCACCAGGCAGCCUCCCUUCAUCAGGAUUGGCUGUUUCUCCAGGACCAGCUGAGUCACAGGGUUGGCAUGCUGAGGCGCCUACAGAAGAAUCUGCCCCCAGGACCGUCCACCCAGGAACUGCUCCAGAUCCAGGAGUCUGAGGAGAAGAAACAGCAAGAGCACCUGGGCCCCAUCCUGCACCGCCUCGAGGAGCUGAUGGAGCGCGGGCUGGAGCGCAUCCCCCAGCUUCUGAAAGCCGUGGGGGACUGGUGGGACCAACCAGGGCAGGAUGCACUCCCUGGAGAGCUCCAGGACCAGGACGGCCUCUCACUACAGCAGUGGAAGCUUCGCUGGGCCCGGGCACAGGGUCGGAGAGCCUGAACAGUGAGGUUUGGAGGUGGAAGCACAGAGCCACACAGAUAUUGGACGUUUAUAGAUUUGGAUCGAUCCUUUCACUGUUAAAAUGACAAACUCCUGUCAGUAAAGUGCUUAAAGAUUUCAGGA